GAGGGUCACGAAGGGGAGGUCUGAAGGUGGAGGCGCGCGGGGCGGAGAAGCAACAAGUGCCGAGGCCGAGGGGGCGCUCGGGGAAGCUGGGGGCCCACCCGGGGCUUUCGUACAGCCGAGACUAGAGACUAGGAACCUCCUGUCGCUUUGGUGCAGCGCUUUGCGGCUUCCACAGCUCAUUCCCAGUUGUGCGGUUUUAUCCGCGCCCUGUGAAGAAGCGAACGUUCUCCUUCACCUGUCAGCAUUUCUUACCCAACUGGAGUAAAUUGUGGAACUUCAGGGGCGGGGGAUCCUUGAAGGAGAUAUCAGUAGAAGCUGCCUCAUUUGAUAGACCUGUUCCUAAGGUGACUGUAAUUGGCAUGAUCUCCUAUACCAAGAUAACCUUUGAGCAGAAGAAGUAGAGGUGAACCAUAAAGAGAAAGUCGGUUUCCUUUUACUUUGCAAUUUAGAAAAAAUCUUUCAUCCAAGAACAGAACAGUUGUAGAUGGACACAAUACCUUUACUUUAUUUAUUUAAUUAUUUUCUUGUGGUGCUGAGGAUCAAACCCAGUAUCUCACAUGUGCUAGAUGCUUGAACACCAACCAGAGAGAAAUCUGAGGCUAAGGAAAACAGACAUCUUUCUUUGGAUGCAAUUUAUAGAAAAAUCAUAUUUGGCCUUCAAGGAAAGCUCCAAGAUUUCUGUUUGCUUCUUCUUUUAUGGCAUUUAUCUCCAUUGAAUUCCUCAUUCAGGGUCUCACUAGGCUUCAAACUUGUGAUCCUCCUGCUUUAGACUCCAGAGUUGCUGGGAUUACAGGUGCUGUUUUUCAACCCUAAUCUUCUGACCAAGGAUGAAACUAUUUAAAAAUUAAGAUGCCAACAGAUCACGAGGAGCCCUGUGGUCCCAGUUACAGGUCAUUUUGCCUGAAUGGGGGGAUUUGUUAUGUGAUACCUACUAUUCCCAGCCCAUUUUGUAGGUGCGUUGAAAAUUACACAGGAGCUCGUUGUGAAGAAGUUUUUCUUCCAAGUUCAAGCAUCCAAAGCAAAAGCAACCUGUUUGCAGCUUUCCUGGCAUUGACUGUUCUUCUAGUAACACUUACCAUUGCAGCCCUCUACUUCCUUUGCAGGAAGGGCCACCUUCAAAGAACCAGUUCAGCCCAGUGUGAUAUCAACCUGGUAGAGACGAGCAGUACCAGAGCACACCACAAAAUGGCAUAUACUGAGGUCACAGAGUGCCAGAACUGAUCAACAGGCAAUGUUGAAAAUCAAUUUUAAGAAGAAUGUGAGUCCAACUAAGAAGACAUUCUUAAAGGACAAUACAAGUUAUGUUUAAUUCUUCAACUAUAAGCAGAAUUAUGUUGAGUAAGCCCCUUAACCUAAGUCUACAGUAAUGAAAACCUGAGACCAUUUCCCUUCGUUCACAGAAGAAAUCAGAAGCACAGAAAGCUUACUUUUCAGAAGUAAAUGAUGACAGGUUGUCCACCUGGCCUCCAGCCAAGAUGAUAUUCAUAUCACUGAAAGUGCUGACUACUCGCUGCAGGUAAUUACUGGCUCCCACCUUGCAGCAAUUAUAGCCAAAGACGAGGACCACGCGAAGUUCAGGGUUAUCUAGAAGACCUGCAGAGAAACGAAAAGCAAUAAUUAAAAACAGCCUUAGAAGAGGAAUUAUCUUAUACAUCUUGCAAAAUGAAAUGCUACUGCUAAUUACUGGCACUCCUAAGGAAGUGCAAUUUAGUGCUUCAGCUGUCAAGUUUCCCAUUUUUUACAAACUUUUAAAUACUAACUCAAAUUCUUAGCUGCAAUUAUUUUUUUUCAUUAGAAAACCUGUUUGAAAAUAAUACAAUCAAUACCCAACAAGUAAGAAAGCAAUUAUGUACUGAGCAGCAGCUCUCUAUGGACACAGCUGGUUCCAAACAGAUCACCACCUGAAAUGAAAGGGACACUGGUUUGCAGAGAACAAUAGGAUUAUCAGCUGAGGAAUUUAAAGAGCCAAAGAAAUUGCAGACAAAACGCACCAACUACAUGUAGUGGGGUAAAUGGUACCCCCUACAGUGUAUAUCCACCUUAAACCCAAUCUAUCAAUGUGAGCCUCUUUUUGGAAAAAGAAUCUUUUCAGACCUCACUAAGGAUCUUGAAAUGAGAUCACCUGAAUUAUCCAGGUGGACACUUAAGUCCAAUGACAAGUGCCCUUAAAAUAAAAGACAGACAAAGGAGACAGACAGAGGAGGAGGCAAUGUGACCACAGAAGUAGAAACUGCAGCGACGCAACCAUAAGAAACGUCAGCGGCUAUAAAAGCAGAAAGAGACAUCAGAUUUGCCCGUAGAGCCUCCAGGAGUGGGGCGCUACUGAUACCUUGAUUUCAGACUUCUGACUGCUUAAAUGUGACAGAAUAAAUCUGUGGUGUUUUAAGUCAUCAAGGUACUUUCUUACAGCAGCCUUGGGAAACUACUAUACCACAGAAAUACAGGAUCUGUCCACCUACUGCAGGGAAUAGGUGGGAGUGAAGGUGGAUUAGCCUUUGGAAAACAGGAACAGGUUUGACCUGUGGCAUACGGACUAAAAGCAGCUAGCAACAGGGGGCGGCAGAGUCCUAGGGAUCAGGCUGUGUUUGGGCUCCCAAAGCUCCCUCCCAGGGUUUCACUUGAGCCUCUGGCACCUUGUUUUUGAACAUCAAUUAGAAAUUCAAUAGCAUUAUCAAACAGAGUGGCUUCUGGGACAGGAAAGAAAUCCAAAACCUAACCACACUCGUGUUUCCAUUUGAUUUGGCCACAUGACUUCCAUCUUGAUAGACCAAAGGUGAGGUUACUAGAAAUAAGGCUCGUUCAACAAAAUAUGGGGGUAGAAAAAUGACUAAUUACCAAAAUCAAAUAAUGAUUCUGGGAAACUGCCUCUGGGUCAUUUCUUAUUCUCUACACAAUAAAUUACUGAUCUGAAUAAUGAAA